AUGUCCCAAGCAAAGAACAACCCCGCCGACCACCCAUUCAUCUAUAUCAACGGCGAGCCCCACGAACAUAAAAAUAGGGUUGCCGAGGAGCUGCAGCGCUUGCUCCCUCAGUCAGGGGUCCUCGAUAUGAAUAUGACCGCAGGCUUGGAGCUCGGCAAGGCCGAGGAAGCAGCGCACCAAGAACAUCUUUUGGAGAUGUCAAAGGAAUGUCGUCGCGUGGCAUUGGAGUACGUCGCCACGCAAGACUCCCGACCUCAUCUCACUUGCAUCUUCGCCAACAGGCGCGCUCCUGACGCGUAUGAGUUAUCGAUCAAGAGAGAGAUUCAGGCGGCGGCGCGCAAGCGUGGAUCGCCUUUCAUCUCGGUCAUUCUCGACCCGAGAAAGACUGGCGCACAGAAAGCGACAUCUUCCUCCCGGGAUGAAGUGUCGAACCCCGGGAUCGGUGUGAAUUGUGCGACUGCCAUUGGAGGCGGCUGGUUGAAGUUCUCCGACGAGCCAUCUGCUUUGGGUGAUCAGGCGAAGCAGGCGGCGGAGAGGAUCAAGGCUCACGUCGAUCGUUGUCAGCGAGAGGGCAACGCGCAACCUCCUCAAGCGUUGAUUUAA